CCCGCCCCUCCCCCGUGUGUUCCUCCGCCACAGCUGCGCGGGCAAUUAGUGCGCUCCAGAGCGUGACAGAACACAGACGCCGACCGACACAAGCGCUCAGGUGCCGUUUUACUGACACAAUCUGAUGAGUGCAUAGAGCAGAAAAGGGCUCGUUUGGAGAGAUGCUGUGGAUUUUACACUUAGUGGGACUUUAUGCCCAAAUCAGCGCGAAUUUGGCAGUGGACAAUCACGUAUCUGGAAACGCUCUUUUCACCGAGGUUCCUCGUGACAAGGUCUCUCAGGCUGGUGAUGAUGUGGAGAUGUCGUGCUCCUUUAGAGGAGCUACUUCCUCCUCCGUCUCAUUGGAGAUCCAGUGGUGGUACACUAGACACAGCAGAGACUGGGCGGAGCAACCUGCAUUGACAACCAAUCAGGUGAUUCCACAGGACAACACACCAAUGGGGGCGAAUAAAAUAAGCGUGGUAAAAGUGGUUGGCAGCAACAUCUCACAUAAGCUCCGUCUAUCUAGCGUCAAACCAUCAGAUGAGGGGACGUACGAGUGUCGAGUCAUUGACUUCAGUGAAAGCCAAGCCCAGCGGCACAGAGUUCAGGCCUAUCUGCAGGUGCAACAGAAGAUUCAUAUUAGUGAGCAGCUCUCCAGCGACCAGCAGCAGAAAGAAGAAGAGAAGACGACAUCAGAGCAGAAAGCAGGUCCUGAAGACCAUCAAGAAGAAGCAGUGCAGAGGACACAGCAAGCGGCCCAUCGGUUUCAUAAAGGAGAUCAUCAUCAGCUCCACGAGGGGAACAAGACCAGAGCAGGAAAGAAACACCAAUCAGAGACACAGUGAUUGUCCUAUUGAAAACUGCACACUAUAAAGAGGAGAUGAGAUGACAUAUUUUACAAACCAUGUGUCCUGAUGGAGUUUGUCCAGAUCUUAGCUUUAGUUUGAAUGUUGUAAAUAACUUUUAAACUGAUAUUGUUGUGAUUUGAGCCUUUUCUAUCAUAAGGAAUCAGCAAUGUGUAGAUUUAAAGGGAUAGUUAAAAAUAAAAAUUAGAAUUAUGUCAUUUACUCAUCAUCAUGUAAUUUCAAACCUGUAUGGCUUUCUGACAAAGUGACUUAAACAAUUUAAUAGCUUAUGAACCUACUCACUUUUUGAAGUCUGAAAAGCCAUUUCCAUUGUGGUCAUCUUAAAAACAUCUUAAAAGUCUUCACCUCAGAAAAACCUUUUUUUGUGUAGGAUGUCGAUAUAAAAGUUUAGGUUUGAUCUCUGAUGAUCCUGAUUUUUCUUUUUCAAUCAUGGUCUGGUCACCAUAAGGAGACGAGAAGAAUGAAUAAAACAGCAUAAGAAACGAGGUGAUUAUCAGUGAUUGAGAAGGAACAAUAAGGGGUUGAUUUAGCUGUGGGCAGAGAGUAAAAUGUUAAUUUAUUCAUUAGAAAAGGACACACAGACACUGAAUGUAAUGUAUUAUGUUAGUGAUGUUUACCCUUACUGGUUUAAUUCCAUCCGCAUUUUAUUUGUUUAGCUUGUAUCAUGGCAAAAACAUUUUGCACAGAAGGCUGUAUUGUGCGUGUGUGUUUUAUAAUAGAGCUAUGUUUCUAAAUUAGCUUUUCCAUUAAUGUUCCACAGAUGUAGCCUACUGCAGUUUUCUAAUGUUGAAGUGAUUUUUAUGAUGCAUUUUCGGUAUAUCUGCAUAGUUCUGCUUUAAUGUUCCGUUUGAACCAGAUGUUUCAGUUAGGCCUGUGUAAUUUUCUGGAAUUUCUGAAGACAUUAUCACUUGUUUUAAUUAAAUAAGUCAUAUAACCUAUUAAAAGGUAUUACGAAAUGCUCAA